GUGAUCACGUGAUCAAGCAGACGACAACGACGAAGUGAAAGCACGUUUAUCUUAAAUCAUCAAUUACAAGUUGUUAUAUUUCAUAGAUUAAUUAGUGUUUGUUAAAUAAUUGUUUAUUAUAAUUUAAUAAAUCUAAAAUUUAUUCUUUUGAUAACAUUGGUAAUUUAAGGAAAUAGAUAAAUUGCGAAUUAUAAUGCCAAGACAUAAGAAGCAAGAUAAAAAGUUUGACAAAUUCAGACAAAGACAAAAGAAAAGAGAUGAAAAAUAUAGUACAGAGAAAUUAAGAGAAGCUAGUGAUGAUGAGAGUGGUGAGGAUGAUGAAGAAACAGCAACAUUUCCAUGUACUCUAGCCAUGUGGGAUUUGCAACAUUGCGAUCCCCGAAAGUGUUCUGGAAGAAAACUAGCGCGACUAGGCUAUGUGACAUGCUUAUCCUUAAAUCAAAGAUUUAAUGGUAUAGUACUGUCUCCAGUUGGCAGUAAAUGCGUUUCUCCGGAAGACAAAGAGAUUAUCCUAAACUAUGGAUUAGCUGUAAUUGAUUGUUCAUGGGCUAAACUUGAGGAAACUCCUUUUUCAAAAAUGAGGUCAAAUCAUCCACGACUUUUACCUUAUCUCGUUGCCGCCAACCCUAUAAAUUAUGGAAAACCAUAUCAACUAUCUUGUGCUGAAGCACUAGCAGCUUGUUUGUAUAUAAUAGGAUUUAAAGAUUCAGCCGAAGAACUAUUGCAUAAAUUUAAAUGGGGUCACGGAUUUCUUUCUCUGAAUGAAGAACUAUUAGAUUUAUAUGCUGGUUGUCCCAAUAGCGAACAGGUUAUCAAAGCUCAAGAGAAAUUUUUGGAUGAUGAGAGGAAGAACGCAAUCUCAAAUAGAGAUUAUGAUUUGCCGCCAUCAUAUUCUUCCGUAGAAGAAAGUGAAGAAGAAGAAGAAGAAGAAGAAGAAAAAGAAGAAGAAAAGAAAGAAAUUCCUCCCAAGGAAGAGAUAAAUGAAGAAGAAAAGCCGAAAACUUCGGACUAG